GGCGACUCCUAUCUCGCCAGCUUCUUUACUAUGGGGCUUCUCAAGCUGCCAAACGAGAUAUUUCUUAUGGUGCUCGGUCUUCUUGACCUUGAAGAUCAGUUCAACUUCAGCUUGAGCAGCCGCGACUUUCAGUUCAUCCUUCGCGAUGAGGGCAUAUGUAGACUGAAUCUUCAGAAACACGCCUCGUUCUCACCAGAAUACAGGGCUGCGCAGACCACGCAUCAAUAUGCAAAAGCAUGGCGACAGAUUACAAAGCGGAAAAUUGCUAUCCAGACGGCCAACCCCUUUCUCGUAUCGAUUGUUGCUGUAGCGGACCAGUUCAUCUAUAGAAAUGGCGCCUUGCUCUAUAUUGCUGGGCGAGAUCACCUUCGCGUUCUUCUUCUUCAAGGAUCGGUCACCACGGAACUUGCUCUUGAUCCACAGCGACUGCUUCAGAGCAUUGAAUCGUUGGACCCAACCUGGCAUGACUAUCGGUUGAGUCCGUUGCACUAUUCUUGUGGGGUUGUUUCUCUAUUGGCCCAAGAUAGGGCAGCAGCAGGGGAAGACUACUUGAUUACGUUGGAGAUCGAUCAGAUGCGAUCAAGGGCAUAUCCUCUAGCGACUACACACAGGAUAUUCAUUAGAAACGACGAGAGCCAUCUUUAUUAUGGCGUACGCUCGUAUCCAACGUUCCAGAAUCCAGGCUUCUGGACUCUUCGGCAGAUUAAUCUCGAUUCUGGAACAGAGGAGAUUGGUUUCCUCGAUCUCCCAAGUCUAAUGGGAGAGGAGAUCGGGUCCAACGCCUCCUUUGAGAUAUUUGACGGGCAGAAUUACCUCUCCAACCCUGCUCCCCAAGUCAUUGAGCUGGAGAAGAAACCCCAACGAGGGUUCCACUGA